GGAGGUAGGGCGCUAGGUAGUGAUUUGAGACGCGCCCUGGAGCUCAUGUGGCGCGCAUGGAAACGACGAAGUAACGCGUACCAGUGUGGUGCUUUAAGCAGAAAAUAGUUUGUUUCCAAAGCGUUUGUUCGCUUUUUAAUCAGUUUACACUAUAUUGUGCAAAUGUUUAUUGUGUAAAGCUGCUGUAUUCGUUUUUAUAUUUAGCUAAAAAUACGUCAGUUGCUAUUUCAGGCUAGCAGCUCUGUUGUUGUUAGCUAGCAUCUUGUUGUUGUUUAGCCGCUGAGACCACUGAGGCGAGGUAGCUAGCUUUAGGAAAUAAAUAAGGUGACAGGUGAAGUGUUUUAGUCAGUUUGUGAAAAUAUGGUUUUGUUAAAAAGUUUGCCUCCUCCUGCUGAGGGAGUUCGGCAUCAGCAGGCCGAGACUACAGCGGUUUUAGACGGUAAGGGACUCGGCACAGGGACGCUGUAUGUGGCCGAAUCGUGCCUGUCGUGGUUCAAUGGCUCAGGAAUGGGUUUUUCACUGGAAUAUCCCUCCAUCAGCCUGCACGCCAUCUCCCGAGACCUGAGUGCUUAUCCACAGGAGCAUCUGUACGUGAUGGUCAACAAAAAACUGAAUGAUGAAAAUGAGGCUGAGAUGCGGGAGAAAGCUCCAGAUGAGGAAGGCGAAGAGGAGAGCGACGACGAUGAUGAAGAUCAAGUCAUCACCGAGAUCCGAUUUGUGCCCAGUGAUAAAGCAGCUUUGGAGUCCAUGUUUUCCGCCAUGUGUGACUGCCAGGCUUUGCACCCUGACCCUGAGGAUGCAGACUCUGACAACGAGGAGUUUGAAGGGGAGGAAUAUGAAGAGGAAGAGGAGGAGAGUGGCCAGGGUGACAUACCUACGUUCUACACAUAUGAAGAGGGUUUGUCCCACCUCACUGCAGAGGGCCAGGCCACGCUGCAAAGACUCGAAGGGAUGCUCGCUCAGUCUGUCACGCAACAGUUUCACAUGGCCGGAGUUCGCACUGAUGAGCCAUCAGCUGAGUUUGAAGAUGGAAUGGAGGUCGACCCAAAUUCUGCAGUAGCUGGACAGUUUGAUGAUGCUGAUGUUGAUCACUGAUGCAGUAUACUCCACUGCUGUUACCUGAAGCACUUAAGAGGCUCUGAGUGACCGGGACUCGUUCAGCGAGCCGACUUCUCCAGUCUGCUCCCCACAUUAAGUGGAGCUGCUGGAUUUCAACACAGGUUUCCCCGAUGCCAGCACCAUUUCUGUUUCUGUGUUAUGUUUUGUAUUCUUCCUUCAGACCAAAUUAUAAGUGCUCUCUAAAAGUAAGUCAUAUUUGUAUGAAACGCCAUGAAAUAAAAUAGUUUUUUGUAUAAAGCUCUUGUAAAAGAUGUCUAAUUCCCUUCUAGUUGUGGAUUUUUUCUCUUUUUGGAGCACUUAAAGCCUGAUAAGUGCAAAAAGUGGACAUUUUGCACUCCGUCUUCUUGGAGCCAUUUUAUUGCUCAGAAUGGUGUCAUUGUUAGAUUCAGAAUUUUUUUUUUUUGUACUCAAGAAACUAUUAGUGUGAAAUUUGGUCUGGAAAAGCUGUAAAUAUUCAGCAACAUUCAGUCUUCAAGCUGCACUUAUACAGUAUAUGUGGAUUUUAUUGUUGUGUGUGGUAUCUUGUUACUGUAACUCUUACUUGUGAGAGUGCGAGUCUGGAACAGACUUUUUUCCUACAAUGAUGCAUACUUUGUUUGUUGUUAAGUCAUAAACAUGAAUCUACACUCUGUAUAAGCAUAAAGAAAGGUUUUGUAUCCAAGAGGAGACAACCUCAAUAAAAUAUUCUUUCACAGGACUAAGCUAUAAAA